AUGAAACCAAUAAUAUUUGUUUUGUCACAGAGACAUAGUGAAGAAGAGAUUGACAAGCUGCUUCCAAAUUACCAAAUUUUUAGAGAAGCUUUCGUAGAUAUAAUAUGGAAUUCUUUUAAUAAACUGUUCCAACACAAAGAAGAAAUUUUAGAAGUACUCAAAACUAUUGGCCAUAACGAAAGUUUACCAAUUGAAUCGACGGAGUACCGAAAAAUACUAAAAAUGUUGGCGGCUACGGCAAGGAUGGCAAAUAUAUACAAGAAUUUUCGUUCAACAAACGACAAAGAAGAUUUUUUUGAAUAUUUAAGUAAAAGUCCACUGUUUGGAGAUCCAUCUGGUACUCUAAUAACUGAGAAAAAUACUACACUCAGCAAUAAAUUCAAGGCAUUAUUUAUUUGUUGAAACAUUUAACGUUUUUGAGUAUGUACUAAUAAUUUAUAAAGUUUUUAGUAAUUUUUUGUUUAUUGCAAGCUAAAAACAUAUUUAAAAAAUCUAAACUUGUUUCAC